AUGUCUCUAAAUCUGGAGACUCGCGACUUCUUCCUCCUGCCACUUGUGUCCUCAAUCUUACUUACAAUCGUAUACUUCCUUUUCAAUGAGAUCGCACGAUAUACAGCUCGAGUCAAGGGUCUCAAAGGGCCUCGCGGGCUCCCAGUCGUAGGAAACCUCCACCAAGCAACUGCUGAGCAACAUCGUCUCUGGGCAAAGGAAUAUGGCCCCGUAUUUCAAAUCCAACUCGGAAACGUUCCAGUCGUGGUCGUAAACUCUGCGGCGGCGGCGAAAAAUUUGUUUUUGACGCAGACCUCUGCCCUCAAUUCUAGGCCUGUGUUUCAUGUCUUUCAUAAAAUUGUGAGCAAGAAUGUGUUAAGUAUUGGUACUUCGCCUUGGGAUGAUAGCUGUAAGCGACGAAGAAAGGCUGCUGCCACGGCCUUAAACCGAUCGAAGACUGAAAGUUACUUACCUAUUCUCAAUCUCGAAGUCACGGAAUGGAUACGGGAUCUCUACGAAGAAGGGAAUGGGGGUGCUUUAGCCUUUGACCCAACAGACCUCACUCAUCGCUUGUCAUUGAACUUGAGCCUUACACUCAAUUAUGGCUUCAGAGCGGAGUCGACGAAAGACUUCCAGAAUUCACCUCUCUUGCAGGAAGUCGUACAUAUUGAGACUGAGAUUGGGAAAUUGAGGUCUACCGGCUCGAACUAUAGCAACUACAUCCCUGCACUUCGUAUCUUGGAUCGAAUCAAGGAGAUUUUGCACAUCAGUCCUGGGCCGGCUUAUGGAAGAGAUAUUGGGAAGCGAAGACUUGCGUAUAUUGCCUUCCUGGCAACAUCAAAACAAAGAAUCUCGAAAGGAACAGAUAAUGCCUGCAUCCAAGGCGGUGUCCUGAAAGAUCCUGAAGCCAGCAAUUUAACGGAAGAGGAGUUGAUCAGCAUCAGUUUCAGUAUGAUGGCUGGAGCCGAAACCACAACUCCUACAAUAGGCUGGGGAAUUUUGUUCCUAGCUCAUCAUCCCGACAUUCAAGCGCAAGCAUAUAACACCAUUGUCUCUGGCAUCAAUCCUUCCAAUCCAUUAGCUCCCGGUAGCCCACAAGUAGACUACCUAAUGGCUUUCACGAAAGAGAUCAUGCGUUACUACACACCUCUCCGUCUCGCAUUGCCCAAAGCUACCUCUGGUCCAGCUAUCUGGGAUGGAACAACAAUUCCUGCUAAUACAAUGGUCUUCCUUAACUCAUGGUCAUGUAACCGAGAUCCUAUUCCGUUUCCAAAUCCAGAUGUCUUCAAGCCUGAGAGGUGGAUGAAGAAAGAGGGAGGGCAGAGGGAAUCAUUGAGCCAUUACACGUUUGGAUAUGGUGGAAGGAUGUGUGUUGCUAGUCAUGUUGCAAAUCAGGGUUUGUACAUGGCUUUUCUGAAUUUGGUUGCGAGAUUUGAGUUGUCGCCAGGUGAUGGGGUAGAGGAUAUAAAUGAGGGGUGUAUUGAUCCUAUGAAGGGUAUCCAGGACGUGAGGGCGACCAGAGCUGGGCCGAAAGGGGUGAAGGUUAGAUUUGUGCCUAGAGAAGGAAGGAAGAAUAUCGAGAAAUAG